AUGUGUGCACCGCUACUGGGUGAAUAUUGUGUAAAUAAUGAAAAGUGUGCACCUGACGAUUCUAUUUGUAUCCAUAACGAAUGUCGGUGCAGGGCGAAUUAUUCAUCUGUGUCUAAUAAUCAAUGCAAAUUAAAGAUAUUAGGAGAACCUUGCACUGCCGAUAGUAAAUGCGAAGUAGUGAAAUUCGCAAAGUGUUCGGCGUAUGACAAUAAAUGUGAUUGUACAGCUAAUACUGCUGCAUUAAAUUCAACCAUGUGCGCACCACUUUUAGAUGGAUUUUGUGAGAAAAAUAAUGAAUGCGUAGUUAAGGAUUCUACCUGUGUUGAUAAUAAAUGCAAAUGCAAGCCUAACUCAGCUCCUCAAUCUAAUACGCACUGUAAAGAAGUUUAUAUGCGAAUGCCUUGCGAUCGUGAUUCUGAUUGUAAUGAAUUCAUAAAUCAUUCAAGCUGUAUUGAAGAAAAAGUAUGUGCGUGUAUAAUCAAUCAUCAUCCGAUCAAUCGGACAGUAUGUGCACCAAUGUACAAUCAAAGUUGUCAGAACCAUGAACCUUGUGCAAUUAGUAACUCUCUUUGCAUUAAUAACAAAUGUCGAUGUAAACAUAAUUAUGUUUAUCAAGAAUUCAAAUGCUAUCCAAUAUAUUUGGAAGAGCCUUGCGUUGUUCACGAAGAUUGUCAUAAAAUAAAAUUUGGAAUUUGUUCAAAAGAUAAAAAAUGUGUCUGUGAUGAUAAGCAUACGCAGUUUAAUAAAACAUCGUGUGGGCCAAUCAUAGGUGGAUUUUGUUCAAAGGAUGACGAAUGUAAAAUUUCAAACUCAAAAUGCAUUAAUAAUCGAUGCGAAUGUGAAGCUUUUUAUUCACCUUUAUACAAUGAGCAAUGUUUACCAACUUUGUUAGGAUGGAAUUGUGUAUAUGAUGGCGAUUGUAGAUAUCUAUGCAAUGCAAUUUGUUCGGAAAGUAAAAAAUGUGUUUGUCAAUCGAAUCACGUUCCUUUGAACAAUACGGCGUGUGUUCCAUUACUAGGUGAAUACUGUUGGAAUGAUGAACAAUGCAUAACGAACAAUUCUGUUUGUAUCAACCAUGUAUGCCAAUGCAAUAAUGAUUUCAUAAAACUAUCAAAUGAUGAAUGUAUUGAUGGUUCGUUCAAUGAAUAUUGUGAGGGCGACAAAGAUUGCAAGGUAUUAAUAAAUGCUAGAUGCUCGGAAGAGUACAAAAAAUGUCGUUGUAAGCACAAUUAUGUGAAGAUUGAUAAAAUAGCUUGUGCCCCGUUAUUGGGUGAAUUUUGUCGUCACAAUGAACGAUGUGGCUUGAAUAAUGCAAUCUGUAUUAAUAACCAAUGUUCAUGCCAACCUUACUACAUUCACGACUUUAAUGGUCGAUGCAUACCCCUCUGGUUAGGAUUCACGUGCGAAAGAGAUAAUGACUGUGAGAGAAUACAACAUGCAAAAUGUUCUAAAAAUAAUAAAUGCGUUUGCAAAUCAAAUUAUUUUGAGUUCAACAGAACAACAUGUAUAUCACUUAUAGGCGAAUAUUGUAUGGAAAAUACCGACUGCUAUCCCAUCCACAGCAUUUGUGAGCAUAACAUAUGCAAAUGCGCUAACGGCUUUGUACGUCAAUCUAAUAACGAAUGUUUGUCAAGAUAUCUAGGAAUAUUCUGUAAAAAUAAUCAUGACUGUGGUCAUGUAAUGCAUUCAAUAUGCUCGGUAAAUCACAGAUGUGUUUGUAUUGCCAAUCACGUUGCAUUAAGUAAAACAACGUGUGCACCUUUGUUAAAUGAAUCAUGCUCAAGCCACGGAGUAUGCGCAACAUCAAAUGCUAUUUGCAUUGACAAUAGAUGUCGAUGUAAACAUAAUUAUUUACCGCAGUCCAAUAAUAAUUGCAUACCAGAGCUAUUGAAAGGAGAUUGUAGUUGUGAUUCAGAUUGUAAUGCCAUAGACCAUGCGGAAUGUUCAACGGGUAAAAAAUGUGUUUGCAUGGAAAAUUAUAUUUCAAUUAAUAGAACAACUUGUAUACUGAUGAAAAACGGUGCCUGUCCUGCAAUAGAACAGUGCGAUGUAACAGGAGUUUUUUGCCGUAAAAAUUGCGAAUGUGGCGAUUUAGUGCGUAAAUAUUGUUCAGAAAAUCAAACAUGUAUCUGUAAACCAAAUUACAUUGAAUUGAACGGUUCCUGUCAACCAAUAAUAAAUGGUUAUUGUACUGAAGAUAAAGAUUGCAUUCCAGAUAAUUCUUUUUGUUAUCUGAACAUAUGUCGAUGUAAAAAUAACUUUUUAUCAGUAUCUAAUGAUCGAUGUAAGGCGAUUUCAUUGGGAACGUCAUGUGAAUCGGAUGUAGACUGUAAUUUUUUGAUAAACGCAAAAUGUUCGAAUGGUAAAACGUGUGUUUGCAAUGAAAACAGUACACCACUAAAUAAAUUCACAUGCACAGUAAUCAUUGGGGGCUCUUGUUCAAACAAUAAUCAUUGUCACAUUGGAAAUUCCAGUUGUGUCAAUAAUAUAUGUCAAUGCAAACCCUCAUAUUUACCAGCAUCUGAUUUACAUUGCGCAGAAACAUCAUCGCUAGAUGCUUGCUCUAAACGUUCAGAAUGUAGAGAUGCAUUACAUAUGGAUUGCUCAAUUAAUGAAACAUGUGUUUGCAAGCCACAUCAUACCUUAUCAACAGACAAAUCAUGUGGGCCACCUUUAGGUGGAUUCUGUUGGCUAGAAAAUCAAUGCGUCACAGAGAAUUCUGCUUGUAUAGAUAAUAGUUGUGAAUGUAAGCCUGGUUAUAUAAAAGUAUCCUUCAGCUUAUGUAUGCAAGCCCCGGAUUAUUAAAGAUAAUCCUAAAUUUAUAAAAUAUUGGAAUAACAAUGCAUAGACUAUAAAUAGACAAUUUCAUGACUUAUCAAUCUCUGUAGUCAUAUAUCAGUCCUUGUCAAAAGAUGUUUUCCCAACUAGAAGAAAAAACUACAAAUAAUGUAGUUCAUAAUUCUUCUAUCGAUAUAAAAGGGAACGUGGGGAACAAAUUAAUUUCCAGCAUUACUGCAAGUCAAAAUUGGUACUAAUAGCUAAUCUAUGCAGAUACAGUACUAUAUUUUGUAAU